CUCUAAGUUCACCACCCGGUCGGGUGCGGAGCCGCGCUGUCCAGCUCCUGAGCCCCUGCCGCCCGCCGGUCCGCCGUCUGCUCGCCUCACGCUCCUCAGCCCCAGACCGGGGCCGAGCAACUCUUGGUGACAAGACCAAAGUGCUUUGCUGCCUGCACAGUUCCUACCUUUCCACCUUCAGUUUUUCAGAAGAGUUUUCAGUCCUCUGGGAAGAACCUGCUUUUUGUUAUCUCAGCCCUCUGACUUCAUUGAUCUCUAAUCUUUUUAAUUCCUUGGGCCAACUUCGGUCGCGCCUCACACUGUAGCUGGAACCCUUUGGCGAGUUCUGGGCAUCUGCAAACCGCGCCCUAGAACGAGUGUUUCCUCUGGCUGAGGGUUUGAGAAGAGGCGUGGUCUCCACAGGUGGCCGUCACUUGACAGCCAGGCCUGAGUGGUGAGGUCACCAUGUCCACCAAGGUGCCCAUCUAUCUGAAGCGUGGCAGUCGCAAAGGCAAGAAGGAGAAACUUCGGGACCUGCUGUCCUCGGAUAUGAUCAGCCCGCCACUGGGGGACUUCCGCCACACCAUUCACAUCGGCAGCGGUGGCGGCAGCGACAUGUUUGGUGACAUCUCCUUCCUGCAGGGCAAAUUCCACCUGCUGCCAGGGACCGUGGUGGAAGGGCCUGAGGAAGACGGCACCUUUGACCUCCCCUUCCAGUUCACCCGCACCGCCACUGUGUGUGGGCGGGAGCUCCCAGAUGGCCCGUCCCCUCUGCUCAAGAACGCCAUCUCCCUCCCAGUCAUUGGUGGACCCCAGGCUCUCACCCUGCCCACAGCCCAGGCUCCACCCAAGCCCCCUCGCCUGCACCUGGAGACCCCUCAGCCUUCCCCACCAGAGGCAGAGAACGUGGACAUCUGGAGGAUUCCAGAGGCUGGCUCCCCCCACAGCGGGCUGACCCCAGAGUCAGGGGCCGAGGAGCCCUUCCUGUCCCAUGCCAGCUCCCUACUGUCCCUGCACGUGGACCUGGGCCCUUCUAUCCUGGACGAUGUCCUGCAGAUCAUGGAUCAGGACCUGGACAGAGUGCAGAUCCCCACAUAGGACCCAAGGCAGACCAGGCUGGGCGCCCAGGUGGGGGUGUCACCGGGAGACGGGGUGUAGAUGCGGCCCGGGAGGCGGAGUCAGGGUCCCAAGGUCCCACUUGUGUGGUUGCUGGCCAGUGAUUCUACUUCUGAGCCAUGUUUUCCAUUCUCCUUCCCUCUCCAAAUGGGCAGGGCGUGCCUCAUCGCUUUCCUCUAACAACCACAUGGACACAUGCUGAAGUCAACCCAGGGCGCCCUGAAUGUCUUGGGGCACCUGGCCCCACCCCAAUACUCCUUCUUCCCUCAGGUCCCUCGGAUGAAAGCUCUGCUGAAACAGACCCCCCUUUUCACCUCCCUUCUGCCUCAGCCCCGUUGGAUGCCCUGACUGGGGGACAGGAAGAGGCAGGGUACAGCUGGUCGCAGGGCUCGGGCACUGGGCAGGCUGUUCUGGGCCUUUGGUUUUGUAUCCUGGACGGGGAGUGUCAUGUCAGGAACCAGAUGCAUCCUGCCUCAUCCCCAGCUCCAUCCCUUCCCCACGUGACCGGGGAUUCUGGCUGCAAUAAAAUAUGCUGCUGCUGGUGGCUGAGCUCCCUGUCCCCUUGCCCCAGGUUUCAUCCCGGAGGCAGGCAGUCUCCCAGAGCUGUGGGCUCGCCUGGGGAACAAGCCAGCCCCAGAGGGUUUUGUGGAGGGCAGACCCUGCCCUCGGGAAGGUCGUACCUGACACUGAGCCUGUCGUGGGAAUGCAACAGGAGCAAAGCAAGUGUCACUGUGAAAAUUCCAGUGUUGAUUCAAAUGUUUGGCAAGAGGUGGCCGAGUACUUGGGUAGGCUCAGCACUGUGCCAAGCCAGGGGCCAAUCCCUGCCCAGUCAACUGGGGCCUGGUGGGGGAGACCCAAGAAUAAAAGAAUAACCACAAAGUG